AACUAUUCUCUUCUGUCCAAAUGUAUGUAAAUAAUUGGUGAGUAGGUAAAUAAGUACGUACAAAUAAAUAAAUGGGGGAAUGUAAAAAAAACAGGAACGUGAAAUGUGGAACACACCAAAGAGUGCUUUGAAACGCUGAAGAAAUUGAAAAGGAAUAUUGUGAAGUCGGAUGAAGAAAUGAUGAGCGGCUGCUUCAGGAGAAAGACCGGUGCUGCACUUUGACCCCAUGACAAUAUUAUCUUGUUGUCUUUUCAUGUCAAUGAUCCUCCAUCUUAUCCUGGGUAUCUGUGAUAAGUCCGUGAUAUGAAAGCAGCCAGAACAUUUGCUCAACUAUUCAUCCUUCCGACUCAGAUGCGAGAAGAUUUGGGGUGAUACGAGUGAUUUGGAGAGGGUGUACCAAAUGAAGUGUUACGUAACACUUGAUCCCCUGUACAUCAUCAAGUUGUGAGUGACAUUGCGUGUUCAGUGCAGGUGGUUAGUUACUUGUGCGUUACGUGUUGCAUUUUUUGUCGAUUUCAUAUCACGUGUCGGUGAAAUACGGUUGUGUUUCCACGAGGCUGCGUUGCAUUGUGAGUGACGUGCGUUACAUUUGAGUCGGUGUUAAAGAAGGCGUGUCUUGAAGCGUGGCCCAUAAAAAUCUGGCGUGGACAGAAGAGGAGUCAGUAGGGCGGAGCACGCAGUCAGGGUGAGUCCUGUUUCAGCAAUGAGAGCCGGUGACAUCCUUAAUCCAUCGUCACCGUAAUGAUAAUAAUCCUAUCAGUGUUAUUAAUGUUUGUUAUUAAUGCCGAUUUAUGCAUAUUUUGUCACCUACUGGCAAAAUGUUCUGUGCUAAGAAAAGUGCAUCUCUUUUCACAUGCGAAUAUCUCAUACACUAGUUAACAUGUUUGCUGCUAAUACUACUACGAGUGAAGAGCAAGAUGUUAACGAGUGUAAUUAUUUAAAGUCAUGGGUGGUAGCUAGUUCAACUAGUGCACGGUUUUACCUCACGGGUAAUGUGUAGUUGCCCUCCUACCAUCGUCACUUAUCUAGCGCUGAAUACAAUGUGUGAAGAUGUUAACUAUGUUGUUUAACAACCAGAUGAGGGUGCUGUUGUUGCUGUGCGCGCUCAUGGGCGUGGCCUGUACUGGCGUACAAGAUGUAAUCCAGAGGAGCGCCCAACGCAGGAAAGCAUCCCUUCUCAACCCGCAGCUAGAGGGCAUCGUUCCUGACCGAGCUCCGGCCCUGCCCGCGGCUCCGGCCACCCCCGCCGACCUGCUGCAACGGGAGGCCCUGCCAUCCGACUUCCUGUUCGGCGACAACGUCAACCUGGAGUGGCGGCAGUGGAACGGCUCGCUGCCCAACGGCGCGGUUGCCAUCUACAACGGCUACACAGAGCGUACCGACUACGUGUGCAUGUACAAGUGCGAAGCGGGCUUCUACAACGCCGCCCUGGGGCCCUACUGCCGCUACCCUUACGGGGACGCUGAGUACUACGCCCCCGAGUUCCACGUGCUGGUAAACAGGGACAACUUUGAGUUCCUGGAGUGGAAGGAAGGCUCGUACGGAUCCGUGCCGCCGCACUCGGUGCGGACAUGCCUCGGCGUUGGCAUCUUUGUGGGCAGGAACAAGUACGGCCUGGGCAAGGUGGUGCCCCAGUUUGAGGCCUUCUUCUUGCCGUGGGAGGGCGACGAGUACUGGUACAAGAGGUACCAAGUGUUGACCGUCAACCGGGAUGCGUACACGCAGCACAUCUCCCACGUCCACUACGACCUGGACCGCGUGGCCAUUUUCCAGUACCCGCCCGAGACCAUGCGCAUCUCCGCCGUCACCAAUAACGAGUGCCAGGCGGUGAGCAAGACGGUCAGCAUCUCCAAGACCAGCGAGAAGGAGACCACAUGGAACAUCGGCCGCGCCACCAUGUUGGGUAUCACUGGCAGCAUUACGGCCAAGAUCCCAUUUAUCGGCUCGGGCGGUCUGGAGCUGAGUGGCGAGAAGACGCUGCAGUUCUCCCGCGGGACCACCCUGGUGGAGGCCAUCUGCCACUCGGUAUCGGUGGAGCUGACGGUGCCUCCCAACCACUCGUGCAGGGUGCGAAUGGAGGGCCGCAAGGUGAAGGCCGACGUCCCGUACACGGCCCGCCUCAGCCGCACCUACCGCAACGGCGACACCCAGUGGACAUCCGUGUCGGGCACCUAUGACGGCGUCCAGAUCGGAGAGGUGCGCGCCGUGGUGGAUCGCUGCCAGCCUGUGGAGGACGCGCAGCCAUGCCCGUGACCAACGUCGUUGACAAAACCAACGGUGUGUUGUCGUGUGACGCCAGCUCAUUGUUUGCAAUAAAGAUGUGACAAAA